CUCGGCCACUGGGCAAGUCGUGUUGAGCAGCGGUUUUCUAGGUCGGGAACGCCUUUACUGAUCUUGCUCUGUACCCCACCGGUGCCUGGCAGCCAAGACCCUGUGCUUGGUGUUUCGCUGGAUCUGAGCUUUUAGUGCACGUUAAGUCCCUCGGGUCUCACAGACCCCUACCACUAUGCCCCAGGAAGCUGCACUUGGCACCCUGGUGCUAUUGCUGCUGCUCCCCUGCGGUACUGGGGCGCUUGGGGUCAACUCGGAUGUUGCCUUGGACUCCUGGGCUUUGGAAGGCGAGGAGGGCACGGAGCAACAGCUGCAUUACCACGACCCCUGCAAAGCCGCUGUCUUCUGGGGAGACAUCGCCCUGGAAGAGGAGGAUCUGAAGUUAUUUCACAUCAACAAGGCUGAAGACUGGACCAAGCCGUCCACAGAGGAAAUGGCACACAAUACUGGUGGGCUCGAGGAACCAUCUGCAAGGUGGCCAAACGUUACAGCCUCCAACACCAGCGUCCAGGCGACAGGAAAGGAUGGCAAGGAUAACGCCACGUUUCUGCCUGGCCUUGGGACCUCAGACACCACAGCUAAGACCUUCUCUGCCAGGGUCCGGAGAGCCACAACCUCAAGGACAGAGCGGAUAUGGCCUGGAGGGGUCAUUCCUUAUGUUAUCGGAGGGAAUUUUACUGGCAGCCAGAGGGCCAUUUUUAAACAGGCCAUGAGACACUGGGAGAAGCACACUUGUGUGACCUUCGUCGAGAGGACAGACGAGGAGAGUUUCAUUGUGUUCAGCUACCGGACCUGUGGCUGUUGCUCCUAUGUGGGACGCCGAGGAGGAGGCCCCCAGGCCAUAUCCAUUGGGAAAAACUGUGACAAGUUUGGAAUUGUGGCUCAUGAGCUGGGCCACGUGGUUGGUUUCUGGCAUGAACACACUCGGCCAGACCGAGACCAGCAUGUCACCAUCAUCAGAGAAAACAUCCAGCCAGGUCAGGAGUAUAAUUUCCUGAAGAUGGAAGCCGGCGAGGUGAGCUCCUUGGGAGAGACCUACGACUUCGACAGCAUCAUGCACUAUGCCCGGAACACCUUCUCAAGAGGAGUUUUCUUAGACACCAUCCUACCCCGUCGAGACGACAAUGGCGUCAGGCCAACCAUUGGCCAACGCGUGCGGCUCAGUCAGGGAGAUAUAGCUCAAGCCAGGAAGCUGUACAAGUGCCCAGCAUGUGGGGAGACACUACAGGACACAACAGGAAACUUUUCGGCGCCUGGUUUUCCAAACGGCUACCCCUCUUAUUCCCACUGUGUCUGGAGGAUCUCUGUUACCCCAGGGGAAAAGAUCAUCCUAAAUUUCACAUCCAUGGAUCUGUUUAAGAGCCGUCUGUGCUGGUACGAUUACGUGGAGGUCCGGGAUGGUUACUGGAGAAAGGCCCCCCUGUUGGGGAGGUUUUGCGGCGAUAAGGUACCCGAGCCCCUUGUCUCCUCCGACAGCCGGCUGUGGGUGGAAUUCCGUAGCAGCAGCAGCAUCCUGGGCAAGGGCUUCUUCGCGGUAUAUGAAGCCAUGUGUGGGGGAGAAAUUACCAAAGAUGCCGGCCAAAUCCAGUCUCCCAACUACCCCGACGACUACAGACCUUCCAAGGAAUGUGUGUGGAGGAUCACAGUGGCGGACGGCUUCCAUGUGGGGCUUACCUUCCAGUCCUUUGAGAUCGAAAGGCACGACAGCUGUGCGUAUGACUAUCUGGAAAUCCGCGACGGUCCCACAGAGGAGAGCGCCCUGAUUGGCCACUUCUGUGGCUAUGAGAAGCCAGAGGCUGUCAAAUCCAGUGCCAACCGACUGUGGGUGAAGUUUGUGUCCGACGGCUCCAUCAAUAAAGCAGGCUUUGCAGCCAAUUUCUUCAAGGAGGUGGAUGAGUGUUCCUGGCCAGACCAUGGUGGGUGUGAGCAACGCUGUGUGAACACGCUCGGCAGUUACACAUGUGCCUGUGACCCUGGCUACGAACUGGCUGCUGACAAGAAGGCAUGUGAAGUGGCCUGUGGUGGAUUCAUCACCAAGCUGAACGGCACCAUCACCAGCCCCGGGUGGCCGAAGGAGUACCCCACAAACAAGAACUGUGUCUGGCAGGUGGUGGCUCCCACGCAGUACCGCAUCUCCCUGCAGUUUGAAGCCUUUGAGCUGGAAGGCAAUGACAUCUGUAAGUAUGACUUCGUAGAGGUGCGCAGUGGCCUGUCCUCCGACGCCAAGCUUCACGGCAAGUUCUGUGGCUCCGAGACUCCUGAGGUCAUCACCUCACAGAGCAACAACAUGCGUGUGGAGUUCAAGUCCGACAACACAGUCUCCAAGCGAGGCUUCAGGGCCCACUUCUUCUCAGACAAGGACGAGUGUGCCAAGGACAAUGGCGGCUGCCAGCAGGAGUGUGUCAACACAUUCGGGAGCUACCUGUGCAGGUGCGGGAACGGGUACCAGCUACAUGAGAACGGGCAUGACUGCAAAGAGGCUGGCUGUGCAUACAAGAUCAGCAGUACAGAGGGGACCCUGAUGAGCCCCAACUGGCCCGACAAGUACCCCAGCCGGAAAGAAUGCACCUGGAACAUUUCGUCAACCGCAGGCCACAGGGUGAAAAUUACAUUCAAUGAGUUUGAGAUUGAGCAGCACCAGGAAUGUGCCUAUGACCACCUGGAACUGUACGAUGGGACGGACAGCCUGGCCCCCAUCCUCGGCCGCUUCUGUGGCAGCAAGAAGCCAGAUCCCGUGGUGGCAACGGGCAGCAGUUUGUUUCUCAGGUUUUACUCAGACGCCUCGGUGCAGAGAAAAGGCUUCCAGGCUGUGCACAGCACAGAGUGCGGGGGCAGGCUGAAGGCUGAGGUGCAGACCAAAGAGCUCUAUUCCCAUGCCCAGUUUGGGGACAACAACUACCAGAGCCAGGCCCGCUGUGACUGGGUAAUAGUGGCCGAGGACGGCUAUGGAGUGGAGCUGGUUUUCCGGACCUUUGAAGUGGAGGAGGAGGCAGACUGUGGUUAUGACUACAUGGAGGCCUAUGAUGGUUACGACAGCUCGGCGCCCAGGCUUGGCCGCUUCUGCGGCUCAGGGCCAUUAGAGGAAAUCUACUCUGCAGGGGAUUCUCUGAUGAUCCGGUUCCACACGGACGACACCAUCAACAAGAAAGGCUUUCAUGCCCAAUACACCAGCACCAAGUUCCAGGAUGCCCUGCACAUGAGGAAAUAGCGUCAGGGUCCUGGGAAGACAGAGCCUAAGGCUGCUUUAAAUAUCUGUGAAUGAGUAUCCCCCAGUGUACAGUAUUUUUCUCAACAACAAAAACUCAAACUACAUCCUUGAAACUAGAUAUCUGGGUGAAAGUACCUGCCUUUGGCCUCUAGGAAGAGAACCAGUGUCCUGUUGGUUCCGGCUGCAGUGUUAGGGACUGCAGCUUCUAAGGAGGCUAAAAUUUGAAGUUAGCGACCAAGCCAGCCGUGCUUCUUCAUACUCGUUCUCCAACCCUUGCUCCCAUGGGGCAAAAGGCCAGCCUGGGCUACCCCUUCCUCAACUCUGGACUGGCUUCCCUAGGUGACAGGCAACAUGAGCCUAUUCUGCUGAUGUGGCUGCCUCCUGUCUGCACUGGGCAUCGAGGAUAAAAACGUGGCAGUGGCUAAAUUGUUCCAGGAGUGGCUGAAAGAUUUUACUUAGCCCUUCCAGAGUCAAGCCAAUCAGGAAACAUGAGACUACGGACACAAAUUUAAAGAGGCAUCCCAGUGCACAGAGAGAGAGAGAGGAGGCUUAGCCUGGGAACCAGCAUCAUGGAGUUGGAAGACCUCAAGUCCUUUCCUGCCACUGGCCGUACUUGCCUCCUCUAGGGUGCUCCUAUCAUUAAUCUCCAUUCACGAGAGAGAAUCCGUGGCCACUCCCAGGAGAACGCUCGCUGGUGAGCACCCCAGGUUGCUGAGAUGUCGCUCAGAGGCUGAGAGGAUGCCACCUGUGCUGGGGUUCCCACUGGCUCCCAAGCACCCCCCAACUGUGGAGGUACUUGCUCUAGUGAGCCUCGACCCUUGGACAGCCAACUCAAACAACAUCCGCAAGACUUGCCAAGUCAUCUCAGGAACAAUCUAGGUCUCGUUAGGUGAAAACUAGUAAUUCCAAGUUAUGUAAGUGUCACCAUCUUCUGGAACAAGUCAGCCUGUGGAGUGCUUCAUGUCACCAGGUUAAAGAGUGCACUGGCAACUUUGCUGCAAUUAAGCAGGACGCGGCCAUCAACCUGCGGGCGGGAUUCUCAACACUCCAGCACUUAUUCUAGAGAAGUGUAGAGGGUGAUGUUUACAUAAUUUUAGCACCUCAAGGUAUAGUUGAAAUAGUGAGGUAAUUUUGAAUGGCAUUUCAUUAAGGCAUCUCUGGGCAUUAUGAGCUAAGAGCUGUGGUAUGUUAGCUUUAUGAGAGCAUUUAUGUUGGAAUACUUUUAAACUAUUGUUUACACAACCGCAAGUCCUGUUGGGUUGGCACAGGAGAGUGAUUCCGUUAGAGGCGGCGUAGCUCCCGAGCACACGAAUCCCUUUAUGAUGGGCCAGCAUCUUAAACGAAGUGUUUGUGAAAGCUGAAGGUUUCUCUUUCUUAAAGAGGUCGCAGUAUUACAAUCUGAUACCCGAUUGAAAGAUUGCUGGGAGCAAAAACUAGAAUGAAACAAAGACAGGGGAAAGAAACGCUUGGGAGUAUUUUGUUCUUAAACCAGAAAAAAGUAUUAUUAUUAUUAUUAAUAAUAUAUGUCUGUAUAUAUGUAUCUAUGUAUGUAAGGAUCAGCUAUCCAAGCCUUAAUCAGGGCAGCAUGACAGUGCCAAGGCACUGGCUGUGGCUUGUCAUCAAAUCCGGUGCUGGCCCCACACGUUACCCUCUCCCUUCGAAACCGAGAGCUCUUCCAGCUCCUCUUGACCCCGGACUGAGGCUCGGCCUCCUUUAUAGGACCUGAUUGCUGGCACACCCACCCAGGGAGAGUUUUAUUCCAUUGCAAAAGAGACAGCUUAUCCCAUUGUUCCAGACCGAUCAGCCCACUGUGGUAGAUUCCACUUCUCUGGUGUGUGUGUGUUUAGGUUUUAUUUUUGUCUCGUUUUGUCUCUCAAGGGUGGAACAGAAAUCAGGAGGCAUAAGGUAUCUGUCACCAACCUCAUUCCACAGAGAUAAAAAUUUUGUAUUUUUAACCUUUAGAAGUCUAAAUGAGAUUGACAAACUCCAUGGAAAAUGGGAGUUGGGGAGAGCUGGGGUUUGUCGCCUUGGAGACACACGAAUAAUGCUUUUAGUGUGUGUGAUUUCACGAGCACGCAGCUCCAGCAGAGGCCAACCUGGAGCAAUGCGGCUCUCAUGGAAGCCCUGAUGUAGGCCUGUGAGUGACAGAUUCCCAGAAGACAGUCUCUGGUUCAACAAGGGCUGUUGGGGGCCCCUUCUCUGGAAUCCACACAUGACACAGGUCCUGCAAAGAACCAUAGGCUGGCUUCCAAGAAUGGUUCACUCUGCAGAAGGACCCAGGUACCCCCACUUUGGCCCUUCCGAUUGCUCAGUGGCCUUGCUGAAAAUGUCCCUGGGUAUGCAUGGAUAAAGGGGCUCAAGGAUAACCCUUUAUUUUGCCCUCCCUUUUGUCUGGGACCAAGCCUGUGGGUGUCCUGGAGCUCUAAGACCCAAGAACUGCCUCUGCAAUGAACGACUUAAGGAAGUAUUUGGAACUUGGGUCUCUGGCACUAAUUCCAGUGUACUCUGAAUUAGCAGAAGCUAGAACCUGUACCUCAGGGUGGAAGACUCCAAACAGCUGAGAUGAGGCUAUGCAUUGAGUCACUAUUUUCUCUAAAGUUUCUCUCUCAGAGGUCCCCGCUACACAGUCAUAAGUUACUCAGCCUGUUUAGAUAAUUCUCUAAACACAGUUAACCCGCAAAUUCAUGUAAGAGCAAGCCGUCAGUUUGGCCCCUUUGCAGCUCUUUGGAGUUCUUGAAGUUUUUUGUUCAUGGAGUUUGGGAAGAGAGGGUCCUUUAGCAUCCAUGGAUGUUUUUGAAGUUUGCUUUGAGGAUUGUGAUCAAACUUCUGAUCAGUAACCCCGAAAAUCUAAAAAGGUUUUUAAAAAGUGUUAUCCAUACAUAUAAGUGUAUUUUUUUUAUUUUGAGUAACUUUACAUUUCAUGUAAAAUGUCAGUUGGUAAGAACAU